AUGAGUGAAAAAACUCGAAUGGAUUUCUACGGAUUUUGCAUGCAUGAGCUUGUUGAAAGACAAAAUAUGAACGAGUUGGAAGCUUCAAAACUGUGCAAACAUUUGGAAUUUGAUUCUGGAGGUCACUGCAUUCUUUGCGAUUACUGUUCUGGACCAGUAUCAAGUCUUGUUAUGAAACCCAAAUACGAUCUCGCAAACAAUUCAGCUUCGGUAGAAAUAUCUUGGAAUCUUCCACUCGAUAUUGCAAAAAAAUCAAAAGUAACUUCUUUCAGAAUAGAAUUGGACGGUCAAGAAGGAAAUGAAAAGUUUUUCGUUACGGAAACUUUACGCAAUCAAAAACAAUUCACAUGGAAAACAGAUCUAGAAAUUAAUGCAGAGUAUUAUGUAGGAAUCACCCCACUGUGUGGAAAAAAGGAAGGUUAUUCUAUAUACGAUAAAAUCGUGUUAAAAGAUAUUGACGCAUGCAGUCCGCCGGAUAUUCCAUCAUACUGUGAUGUGAAUGCAAGAUGUAUAGAUUUCGAAUCCACAAGUAAAGUAGCAGCGAGAUGCCAAUGUGGUCAACUUUACGCUGGAAACGGGGUGAAUACAUAUUGGAAUGGCUCUGGUUGUCGACUUGAUUGUGGAAAAAUCAAAAAUCAUUUAUGUAGUAAAACUGCUGUAUGCUCGAAUUCAACAUUAGAAUGCACAUGUCCAAGAUUGUCAUUUGGCGAUGGAUUACUAAAAGGAUCUGGAUGUACCGGAAACGAAAUUUUCAUUCUUCCAACAAUUGCAUUUCUAAUAAUUGUUAUCGUGAUAUGCUUCGGAGCCAGGCGCUGGAAACAACGCAACGAAAUGAGAAAAAGGUCUUCAAUAUUUGUCGUAGCAUACGAGAAUGACGAGGGAGCGAAACUUGGUACCGUAAAAAAUAUUUCAACUGUUUUCGAAAAAUGGGAAGUGGAUCGUAAAGAUUUAUUUCUGGGAGACGUUUUAGGAAGAGGGAAAUUUGCUGUUGUAAAUAAAGGAAUUCUAAUAACUAGCAAAGAUGGCGUCAUGAAACACAUCGAUGUUGCAGUGAAAACGCCUUCGGACGGAAGACCAGAUGAUGAGUUUCUCAGUGAAAUGCAUCUUCUUAUGUCUACGGAGAAGCAUAAAAACAUUGUCAGUGUAAUUGCGUGUUGUACUGCGGAUUCUCCUAUUUUGCUGAUAACUGAGUACUUAAUGUACGGUGAUUUGCGCAACUUCCUUUUGGAAGCAAGAGAGGAUAAAAACUGGAAACGGGAUGACACAUAUCUAUUGACCGAUUCGGAUAUUUGUAGAAUUUGUAAACAAAUUGCUGAUGGAAUGCAACAUCUAGCUCAUAAUAGAAUAAUACAUGGAGACCUAGCUGCAAGGAACGUACUUGUUGGAAAGGAUCUUGUCUGCAAAAUAUCAGACUUUGGUUUGGCGAACGAUGUUUAUAGAUACGGAGAAAUAAGAAACGCGAUGGAAAGAAAUGUUCCUUUCAAAUGGACGAGUCCGGAAAGAAUGGAACGUGGAAAAGUACCUAUUACUUGGCGAAGCGACGUAUGGUCUUUCGGAAUCGUCAUGUAUGAAGCAAUCACUCUCGGUUCUUCUCCAUUUCCGAAUAUUACUUCGACAGAUGAUUUGUAUUUGAGGCUUAAAACAGGAUACAGGAUGGGUCGCCCUAUGAGCUGCAGUAAAGAGUUUUACGAAAUUAUGAAAAGUUGUUGGCAAUGGAUUCCUUCAAAUCGUCCUUCGUUCAAAACACUUUCGGAUAUGCUGAAAAGAAAUCAGAAUAUUCCUGGAACUUACGUCAAUAUUCAAUGUGAAUAAAAAUAUGUGAAAUAAAGAUCUGGUGGAACAUAGUAAAUAAGGAUCUACUCGGACAAAAAAUUCAAAUAUAACAAGCAAAAAUAUUGAUUUUUUGUCACUGUAUUUUUGAGUGUGGUAUAUAUAUGCAGUGAUGAGCAGGAAAAAUCGUAACAACCAUAACGUAACUAAUUCGUGAAAAUGUAUUAUAUUUACAGUCCACGGACGCUUUCCCCGAGUUGUGUUUUUCCUUAAAAAAUGACAUAUUUUCAUAAAGUUCAUCGCCAUGUAACAUUUGAAACUUAUCCAGCAGACCAGACACUUAUUUUAAUCAGACAGAUUUUCAGGCGCGAUUGUGAAUAUUGUCUUGUUUAUUUAUUUUUGGGUUUUGAUAAUAUUUCCAAAAUACUAGUAUAAAUAAAAUGAAUUGCCAGAAUAUACGACGCUAAAAUCUGUUGUCAUUACUUUAUAACAUCUGUUUGAUUAAUUUUGAAUAAAAUGGUGUUUUUGAAGCGCUCAACCUGCCGGUACUUGAAAACCCUUUUCAAAAUAAGCGUGGAAAAUAUCAUAAUGAUUAGAUAUAGACGUUUUCCCUAUCUUUGUCCCCAGAAAAUUCCUCCUCAUACUUCACUUUUGCACACAAUUUUACGCCUGUUUUGAGAGUGUUGUGGAAUGUUAGCUUUUUUAAACUGGUUUACAUGUUUGAAACCAAAAUUUAUGUUAGAGUUAUUCGUAACAAAUACUGAUAGCUAAUUUAUCCCAGUCUUAUCUAUCUCAUAGUCUGCGAGCCUUUGUAGCGAAUGUGCAUUGUGUAACUAUGAAUUAUAAUGUAUUCAACCCUUUCAUAUUAAUAGCAUGUAAUAUUUCACAAAAUAGGCCACAUUAUGUUUCGCAACAGCGAUAAUGCAUUCGCUCCAUGUAUUGCCUUUCUCGUUUCGACCACGUAUCGUUUCCGGUUUGCCGAGAAUGCUCUAGUCUAUAAUAUUGUGUUUUGUUUCACUCGAUAUAUGACUUGUGAUCUGACCGUAAUCUUACUGCAUUAAGAAUUAAGUGUGUACAUAUUUAUCUGUAUUUGGAUCGUGCAUCUUUUCAAUAAUAUACAACAAUUCGACAAUCAACAUCGUGUGCUUAUUAUCACCUGAGGGAAUCCAGAUUGGAAUCACAUUCCAUAACACGUGAAAUUAAUAACGUGGGAAUCGAACUUUGAAUAUUAGGGUGAACAGUCUUUAUCCCUAAGACCGCAUCUUGUCU